GGUAGGUGCCUGUCAAAAAAAAAAAGACCAAUGGUAGGUGCCGCUAGUAUUUAUCUUAAAAAAUACUCCGUACUCCGUAAGUUCAUUUGCUGUUCCCGUCCCUGUGUCGUGGUGUGUGGUGUGUAACUGUGUACAUCGCACCACUCUUCUACAAACCAGUGAAGCACGGACCCGUACCCCCAGCCAGCAUCUGGAAUGCUUUGGAACUACUGUCCCUGCUUUCGGGGUCAACAAUGUUCCGGCGACGCAGUGGCCGACAGGGACCCUGUCCUUCUGGUGUCCGGCUUGGCCGGCUCUAUCCUCAACUCCAGGAGUAAGAAAACUGGGCAGGAGACCCGGGUUUGGGUCCGGAUCCUCCUCGCCGAACUAGAGUUCAAGAAGAAGUUAUGGUCUGUCUACAACCCCCAAACAGGUUAUACAGAGUGUUUGGAUGACACUUGUGAUAUUGUGGUCCCUCAAGAUGAUCAUGGCCUAUAUGCAAUUGAUAUUUUGGAUCCUUCAAGUUUUGUGAAGUGUGUGCAUUUGUCAAAUGUAUACCACUUUCAUGAUAUGAUUGAUAUGCUUGUUGGAUGUGGAUACAAAAAAGGGAGUACAUUGUUUGGCUAUGGCUAUGACUUUCGACAAAGCAACAGGAUUGACCAAGCAAUGAAUGGCCUAAAAGAAAAGCUGGAUGCUGCAUAUCUUGCAUCAGGAGGACGGAAAAUCAACAUAAUUUCUCAUUCAAUGGGCGGAUUACUGGUUACAUGUUUUAUGUCACUUCAUGCUGAUGUAUUCACCAAGUAUGUAAAUAAGUGGAUUGCCAUCGCCUGCCCCUUUCAAGGCGCGCCAGGUAGCAUCAACGAUUCUUUGUUAACCGGAGUGCAGUUUGUUGAUGGCUUUGAGAGCUUCUUUUUUGUUUCUCGGUGGACAAUGCAUCAACUGCUAGUAGAAUGUCCAUCAAUUUAUGAGUUGCUGCCAAACCCCAACUUCCAGUGGAGAAAGAAACCUGAAAUUCGUGUGUGGCGUAAAAUGUCUCAAGACGGGGAGGCUUUGGUUGAGCUGGAGUCUUAUGGCCUCAAAGAAAGUCUGAUCUUAUUUGAAAAAGCUUUGAAGAAAAAUGAGAUGGAUUAUAAUGGGGUUACAGUUGCUUUGCCUUUCAACAUUUCAAUUCUCAAUUGGGCCACUGGUACUCGCCAAAUUAUUGAUGGUGCCCAACUACCAAAGGGCAUUGAUUUCUACAACAUCUAUGGAACAACUUUUGACACUCCCUUUGAUGUUUGUUAUGGUUCAGAAACUAAUCCAAUUGAAGACUUAUCUGAUAUCUGCCAUACAAUGCCUGAAUACAACUAUGUGGAUGGCGAUGGAACGGUUCCAUCUGAAUCAGCAAAGGCUGAUCAUUAUGAGGCAGUGGAAAGGGUAGGAGUGAGUGCCGGUCAUCGGGAACUACUAUGCAAUGAAAAAGUUUUUGAUCUCAUAAAAAGAUGGCUAGGAGUUGCUGAGACGGCUAAGUUGACCUCUAGAGUUAUGGAUGCUCAUUUGGGCAGUCCAAUAUAAACUUCUGUUUUGGUUUUAGUACCUCUAAUGUAAUUUUAUGGGUUUUUAUUUAUAGUUGGAAACAUUACAAACACGGUACAGUUAAUUCCUGAGGUGUGAUGUAAUUACCUAUGUAAAGGCCUAUAGAAAUGUUACAAUCAACUGAAUGCAUGAAUUGUUUUGUUCCAUAUCAGGCAGUGUUGGUGGGCAGGUGACUAAUUAAUAAAAAUAAUAUUAGUACAACUAGAAAUGUAAUACAAUACUCCCUUGACCUCG